CACGCAGGACGGCACCGGGGCUUCCCUUCUGUCUGCUGGAGACGGGCUGAGGAGGGACCAGGUCCGACCGGCAGAGACCACCUCGCGGAUCCCGGGGGGGAAGGUCUCCGCUUCUGCGAACACGACAGAGGAGGAGACACGCGGGGGAGAUCCUCCAUCAUCUGAAGGUCUCCCGCCUCUCUUCCAGGGCGUGUCACUGGGAUUGUGUUUACCAUGCACACUCCCCACAGUGCGUAGCUUGUACAACCGAGGGGAGUGUUAAGUGUGUGUGUUUGUGUGUGUGCGUACUUGAAGUGAAGACAUGGGGUCAGUGGGAGCAGAGCGCCGAAGGCCCACGCCAGUCCAGACGCCUGAAGAGAGGGAUGUGUGGCGGGAUGGAAGCAGAGCUGGAUGGAGGGAUGUGGGGAGGGAGGGCUGGAGAGAGGGAAGAGAGAGCAGCGUGGUGCAGAGCUACAGCUUCGACUCGUACCAGCUGGAGGAGGAGGAGAUCAAUAAAGACGCCCCUGAGCGAGGAGUGCUGGCUCUGUCCGAACCUGACUUUGAGGAGCCGAUCCCUGACGACCGUUACCAUGGCAUCUACUUUGCCAUGCUAUUGGCUGGAGUGGGUUUCCUGCUUCCUUACAACAGUUUCAUAACAGAUGUGGACUACCUGCACCACAAGUUUGAAGGCACGUCCAUCGUGUUCGACAUGAGUCUGACGUACAUCCUGGUGGCUCUGUUGGCCGUCAUCCUCAACAAUGUGCUGGUGGAGAGGCUCAGCUUGCACACCAGAAUUACUGUGGGUUACAUCUUAGCUCUGGGGCCGCUGGUCUUCGUCAGCGUGUUUGAUGUCUGGCUGGCAAAGUUCACCACCAGGCAGGCGUACAUCGUCAACCUGGUGUCAGUGGGAGUGGUGGCCUUUGGAUGUACAGUGCAGCAGUCCAGUUUCUAUGGUUACAUGGGGAUGCUGCCCAAGAGGUACACACAGGGCGUGAUGACUGGAGAGAGUACGGCCGGGGUGAUCAUCUCCCUGUCCCGCAUCUUCACCAAGCUGCUGAUCACUGACGAGAGGAGGAACACGCUCAUCUUCUUCCUCGUCUCCAUCAGCAUGGAGAUGCUCUGCUUCCUGCUUCACCUGCUGGUGCGGCGCUCCCGAUUCGUCCGCUACUACACCAACCAUGCCCAGGGCAAAGGCCCGGGCAAAGGUCAUGACCCACGUGACAACGGGACUGGAUACAGGGUUCACCAUGACGUCACUGCAGAGGAAGUAAGAUUUGGAAACGGUGGGACGGGACCGUCUGCUCCAGAAGAAGGCGUUGAGGAAUUUGUGGGUGGUACCUAUGUGCGAUUUGAUGCCCCAAAAGCCAAGAUAAGGAGGAGCUGGCCCGGUGUCCGAGACAUGAUCCUGCAUCGUUACGUGGUGUCCCGUGUGAUCUGGGCCUACAUGCUGUCUAUAGCAGUGACCUACAGCAUCACUCUGUGUCUGUUCCCUGGACUGGAGUCAGAGAUACGAAACCCCACCUUGGGGGAGUGGCUCCCCAUCCUCAUCAUGGCCACCUUCAACAUGUCGGACUUUGUUGGCAAGAUCCUGGCAGCGCUGCCGUACGACUGGUCUGGAGGCCGUCUGCUCUUCUUCUCCUGCCUCAGGGUGAUCUUCAUCCCUCUGUUCGUCAUGUGCGUUUACCCGGCCAGCUCACCCACCCUGUCCCACCCUGCCUGGCCCUGUCUUUUCUCCCUCCUCAUGGGAGUCACCAACGGAUACUUCGGGUCCGUGCCGAUGAUUCAGGCUGCCGGCAAAGUGCCGCCCGAGCAGAGGGAGCUGGCAGGGAACACCAUGACGGUCUCCUAUAUGACGGGCCUGAUGGUGGGCUCCGCUGUGGCGUACGCAGCUUACAGCUUCACCGCUCCAGGGACGGGAACACACUUCUCUGUGCUCAACACACACGCGCCUGCCAACGGUACAGGGUACUGAAUGUCUACACACAAUCGAAACACACGCUCAGAGACACGGACGUAUAAACACACAUACAUGUACACACACCUGCAGCCAUUAACACACAUAAGAUCUUGGAAGGAGAAGCGGGUACAGACUGACGGACCUCUGACUGAGAAGCAAAAGAGACAAAAAGUGACAUUUGGCAUUGGAGGAAAUGAUGUUCAACAGUGAAAACGUAGCAGGUUUCUCCACCCACUCAUUCUCCAGCCUGGUGAUCCAGUGACCUCCACCUGUGCCGCUGUGAUGAACUUUCCCCUGGAGGUGGAGAACAGGAGCUGUGCACCUGUCAGCCCUUUGAGUGUCUCACAGCGUAAUUAUUGUCUGCAUGUGUGUGUGAACGGAUCGGCUGACAUUUGUACAGCUAUACAGUCAAGUGAUGUGUCGCAGCAGGGAAUUAACGGUUCAUAAUUUUCAAUGAGACCUCUUGUCUCGGAUCACAUGUGUUAUGUUUCAUGAUUUCUUUGAACUGUCGCUGUUUGAAAUAGAAAUAUGAUGUUAGCGUGGAUUUUUCUGGACUGUUUCCUCAUUAUAAUCUCCGAUGAAAAUAGGACUGCAGCUCACGGUGAUGUGAUUUGGGUAAUGUGAUCAAAAUCCUCUGACUUUAAGGGAGUUUUUUUAGCUUCAGUAAAAUUUUUCUGAGUAAUAAUGGGAUAUGAAAGGGAUUUAAAUAAGUUUUUGUUGACUGAACAAAUACACACACUAUAUACAAAUGUAUGUAGACGUCCCUGAGUUCAAGAUGAGUCAUAGGAAAAUUUUGUUGAACUUUACAGAAAGAGAAAAAAGGGAAUUUGAUAUAAAACAUAUUUAGCAUGUUACAAGAGAUAACUGAACCGUUACCACAGCGACACAGAGUUUAACCUUGUAAAAGAAAAAAAAAAAGUAUCUUUAAUUUUACUGUGUCUUUAAAGGAGCUAAUUGUAAGUUUUGGUAUUGCUACAUAGCUAGCGUUAGCAUUACCAGCUGUUUACCUACCAGUCU